AUGACCGAUCCAGACGCAGAACAAGGACGCUUGCCUCUCCACACUGAGCGACAACAGAGCGCACAUGAACGUGAACAAGAGCAGCUCGACCAUAUUUCUACGUCCAGCGAAACCUCCUCGGACGAUGACGAUGACAUUGAUCUGCGCCAAAAAUCCUCAGAGUAUGAUGGCCACAGGCCCUCUCUCAGAGAGACGCGGUCCAGGAGCAGGACGAACGAUAGCCUCGCUAGCCAAAGGCGAACGCGGACGCGGACACGACAUGAUUCGACGGCGACAGCGGCGACAACCGGGCUCGAACGAACAAUAUCCAGGCGCGACACUAUCCUGUCGGCCAUUCGAUCGCGACCGGUCGUCAACAAGUUCACGCACCCACUCUCGCACGUCAAGACGUCAAAGGCCGACCUGGUGGACUUUGACGGCCCCGACGACCCAUAUCACCCGCUCAACUGGCCCUUGAAAAAGAAGAUCAUCACAACCGGCGUCUAUGGCAUGGUCACCAUGACAGCAACUUAUGCCUCCUCGGCAUACUCGGCCGGCACGCGCGCCGUUGCCCAGGAAUUCGGAGUCGGUACCCAGACUGCCACGCUGGGCACCACGCUCUUCCUGUUCGGCUUUGGACUCGGACCGCUGCUGUGGGCGCCCCUCAGCGAGAUAUACGGGCGCAGGCUAGCUGUCAUGGUCCCCAUGUUCGUGGGCAUCUGCUUCAGCUUCGGCACGGCCGUGGCCAAGGACCUGCAAACCGUCAUGAUCACCAGGUUCUUCGGGGCCUUUUUCGCUUCAGCCCCCGUCACGAACACGGGCGGCGUGCUGGGCGACAUGUUCACGGCAGACAGGCGGGGCUACGCCAUGGCUGGCUACGCAAUGGCCGUCGUGGCAGGGCCGGUGCUGGGUCCCAUUGUGUCGGCCGCCGUCGUCCAGGAGCCGUCCCUCGGCUGGCGCUGGACCGAGUACUUGACUGGUAUUCUGCAGGUCGUCGUCCUCACCAUUGCCGUCAUCCUCAUCGACGAGAGCUACCCCCCCAAGCUGCUCGUGUACAAGGCGCGUCGCCUGCGCCACGAGACUGGCAACUGGGCCCUGCACGCCAGGUUUGAGGAGUGGGACGUGAGUCUUAAGGAAAUGGCCCGCAAAUUCCUCGUCAGGCCGAUACAGCUGCUUAUGACGCCUAUUUGCUUCCUCGUGGCGCUGUACGCGAGCUUUUGCUACGGUAUCCUCUAUAUGCAGCUAGGCGGCAUCCCCAUCAUUUUUGGGGAAAAGCGUGGCUGGAAUCCGCUGGUCGCUGUACUCCCCUUUCUGUCUAUUCUUAUAGGCGCUGUUCUCGGGUCCUUGAUCAAUGUCUGGAACCAGAAGAGGUACAACAAGGCGUUCCGCGCGGCUAGCAACCGCCCCGUCCCCGAACAACGCCUACCGGCUAUGAUGCUCGGCUCUGUCCUUUUCAGUGGCUCGCAGUUCCUGGCCUCGUGCUGCUAG